UAGUGGUCGACGAGUGCAAUACCUACGACUUGUGGAAGCCAACGAAUCGAAGAGUCUGCAGUCAGUCGUUUGGCAGUCAGUGAGCAGCAUUGUCGUCGUUCGGUAGUGUUUAGUGGUUAGUUGUGAGCAGCGCGCGAAUUUGGAAAAUUAAAAAAAAUUAAAUUUUGAAACAUAGUUUUUUUUUGUCAAAAAUAAAAUUUCAAAAAAAAAUAUUUUUUUUUAUAAAAUAAUUUGUGUGAAAAUAUCUUUGCGUUGUAGCAGAUUAAACAAAACAGAUUUUUUUUUUAAUAAUUGCCAAUUUUCCAAGUGCUUCUGGCUGCAAUUUUUGAUUUUCACACACAAAAGUGUUUGUAAAAUUGUGUGUGGGCGUGUUUUUGUUUGCGCCAAAUAUACAAAGAUAUAAAAUUAUAAAUACAAUUUUGUUGCAUUUAUUUGAAGCGUAGUGAGCUUGCCAAUUAUUAAGCAACAAGUGCCUUUACAUACUAAAAAUACUCAAAAGAUUAAUAAAAAAAAAAUCCUGAACAAUUAAAAGUCUUUUUUAAAAGCAGAAAAUAUGUCCACCUCAGCUUAUCUCCUGGCGCUACUUUUAGCACUGGCAUUGGGCAGCACAGCAGUCAAUGCUUUAUUAAAAUGUUGGCGCUGCUCAACCGAUGUUUCCAAUGGCGGCUUCUGCGAUGAUCCCUUCGAUCCCGAAUUCAUUUCCGAUCAACAGCGCUACUGGAGCUAUGUGAAUUGUUCGUACUCGGCGGGUUAUAAAUCGGUCAGCGCACGACCAGUUUGCAAGAAACUAGUACAAGAAGUUUAUGGAAAACGUGUAAUUUCACGCUCUUGUUUCUACGAAGACUAUGACGACUCCUCUGAUCGCUGCGGGCAUGAAACGACCUCAUCCUACAUUAAGACCGUUUUCUGUCAAACGUGCAGCACCGAUGGCUGCAAUGGCGCUGCUGCUUUCUCACCUUAUGUCGCGUUAGUACUGCUACCUCUGGCCACAUUGCUAAUGAAGCUGCUAAAAUGAAGAUCAUCGAAAUGGGCGCCUAGUUGAGGCUAUCGGAGGGAAUAGUUUGAAAUUCUAAAGUAGCAAUGCUUUUAUUUGUAAACUUAAAUGAAAAACUACAAUUAUUUGUAUUAGUACGCAUAUUUUAAUUUAAAAGUUUAAGUAAACUCUAGUUUUAAUGCUAAAUUAGAGAAUUCGUUUUGCUUUAAAUGUAUAAAAUCAUUUACGAGUUUGAUAAUUUUCCUUAUAGUUAAAUUAUUUGCGACUUAAGCUCGUAAUAUUUUAUUUACAAAGUAAUUAAGUGCUGAAUUUUUCUAACUUUUCUUCAAACAUAAUUAUUUUUGAAACUAUAUUUAACAAAAUUCGCACAAAACUGAAAGUGAGUAAUACUAACUUCUGGCAAUUUGCUGACUUUAAAAUAGAGGUUUGACACAAUUAAGAAAUUAAAAAACAAAACAAAACAGGCAACAGUAAUACAAAACUUCAUCAUUUAAUGCUGAAUCUAUCAACUAA